UGAACACAGAGGUUUGGUCAAACACACUGGCGGCUGUCACUGUGGAGCUGUCCGCUUUGAGGUCUGGGCUUCAGCAGAGCUGCGUGUUUUCAACUGCAAUUGCAGCAUUUGCACAAAGAAACAGAACCGACACUUCAUUGUCCCAGCGUCGCGUUUCAAGCUGCUGAAGGGUGCUGAUAAUUUGACAACAUACACCUUCAACACACACCAGGCCAAGCACACAUUCUGCAAGACCUGUGGUGUACAGAGCUUUUAUAUUCCUCGUUCCAAUCCAGAUGGCUUUGGAAUAGCCCCCCAUUGUCUGGAUGAUGGCACCGUGGAGGUCAUUGUCACAGAGAAUUUCAAUGGGAAGGAAUGGGAGAAGGCAGUGAUGGAACAUAAGAUGAUCAGAGACAUGUCAAAACCCUGACAAACUUCUUCCAGCAUCUGAACUUGGAGCACUGCCGUGGCACUGCAGUCUGGGCU